CACCGUGCGCGUGCGCCCCAUGUGUAAAAAGAUGUUUAAAAGUGGUUUUGUGCCGCGCGGAUGGCGGCGGCGCUGAAAGCCAGUGGGUGUCAAUAUAAAGUGACGGCCAUAUUUGCCGGUGCCGCUGUUGUAAACAAAAAGUGAGAGACAGACGCUUCACUGAAUUUCGGGUCAUUUUUAUUUCUUUAAUUUACCAUGUCUCUGGGAAUGUCUUACAAACCCAACGUCCAUCAGCACAUUCCGGGAACUUCAGGGAACCAGGUUGGGAACCUUCAGUCGGCCUCAGCUGCUAACCUGGCCACGUUGCAGUCCUACAGACCCCUGCUGAGCGACUACGGACCUCCAUCUCUGGGAUUCUCACAGGGCUCCACCGGCAGUCAAGUGCCUCAGAACAAAUAUGCAGAGCUGCUCGCCAUCAUCGAAGAACUCGGGAAGGAAAUCAGGCCCACGUACGCUGGAAGCAAGAGCGCGAUGGAGAGACUGAAAAGAGGAAUAAUCCACGCCAGGGGACUGGUGCGGGAAUGCUUGGCGGAGACGGAGCGAAACGCCAGAUCCUAGCCGCGAACACGCCUUCCUCCUCCGAGAAGAACGACACCUCACCAAAAAGCAAACGGAAAAAUAAACCUGCAUGGCAUUACUUGGCAGGGAGGAAGUAAAAGAGGAAAAGACGGAAAGUUAAACUCCUAGAGAUGAAGGGUGAUGUUAAAAUAAAAACGGCCCCCGACAGUUUCAAUCCGUUCUGUGUGAAACAAAAGAUGGUUCAUUUUCAUGGAUCUUAGUUUAAAUUUCUGUUCUUUUUGCAUGCAAACGGGCCCAUUGGUUAACUGUAGACUAUGCAUGACAUGUACAGAACUAGAUCAGGUUCUUUUUUAGUGUUUUACGUUUCCUCCUCUCAUGGUGUUCGGUCCGUUUGGACCUUCUGCAGCUCACGGCGGAGUCGGGGAGGGAAGGACGUGCCAAACGCAUUUCUUCAUCUUUCAGUUGGUUUUAAAUGGAGACAAAAAAAAGGAAAAUGCUGUUACUUGCAUCUUUGUAUGUAUUUAUUACUACGUGUAAUAAAUUGUAUUUUCAAUACA